AUGUUGACCAGAACACUAGCACCAAUCCUCGUCACUCGCCAGUCACUCUCCAUUGGCACCAGUCGCACGUUCACCUCCACUCGUCGAGCCCUGAAAGUAUACGAAAACGUCGAUGCCUCCCAAUUCCAAUCCCGUGUAGUCUCCCCCUCAGGCGCAGAGGCAGAGACACCAGUACUGGUAGAUUUCUUCGCAGUCUGGUGUCAACCAUGCAAACUUCUCUCCCCCACUCUCAAAAAAGUCGCUUCUCAACCUGAGGUGGUAGGUGGGAAAGUGGUGGAUCUGGUAACCAUCGAUGUUGAUCAACAUCAACAGAUUGCUAAGCACUUUAAUGUUUCCGCCAUGCCCACUGUUGUCGCUAUGAAGAACGGAAAGGUCCUCGACAAAUUCGUUGGCAUGCUGCCAGAGAACAAGCUUAUUGAAUUCGUACAGAACCUCAAGUAA